UCUUAACCCUUCACAGCUUGUGGGAGAUUACCGGGAAAGUCACUGCUUUACUCUUUCUCUCCGAAUUUUCUCGGCAACCAAACGCCCAGAGUUUUCUCACUGAUUGUCUUCCUCAGAAUGCGAUCUGCACAAUAUUGAACAAGCUGGAAGUGUAAGACAAUCCGAUUGCAUUCCAGAAUGGCGUCGAUCCUGAUGAAGCUUGGGAUAUUUUUCUCUGUUCUUUUGUUUCUGUUUUCUCCGUCACAAUCUGCAGUUUUUAGCGUAGAUCUAGGGUCUGAGUGGGUCAAAGUAGCGGUCGUAAACCUGAAACCUGGGCAGAGUCCAAUAUCGGUUGCAAUCAAUGAGAUGUCGAAGCGGAAAUCUCCGGCCUUGGUGUCAUUUAAUUCCGGUGAUCGUUUACUAGGCGAAGAAGCAGCUGGUCUGGUGGCUCGGUAUCCUCAAAACGUCUAUUCCCAGAUCAGGGACUUGAUUGGCAAACCGUAUAAUUUCUCUAAGAAGUUUUUGGAUUCAAUGUAUUUGCCAUUUGAAAUCAAGGAAGAUUCGAGGGGCACCGCGAGUGUCAUAGUCGACGCUAAUGGCACUGAGUAUUCUGCUGAGGAAUUGGUGGCGAUGGUUUUGACCUAUGCUGUUAAUUUAGCGGAAUUCCAUUCCAAAAUUCCUAUCAAAGAUGCUGUAAUCACAGUACCGCCUUACUUUGGUCAAGCUGAACGAACUGGGUUGCUUCAGGCAGCACAAUUGGCAGGAAUUAAUGUUCUUUCUUUGAUAAACGAGCAUUCUGGUGCCGCAUUACAGUACGGAAUUGAUAAGGACUUUUCAAAUGAGUCAAGGCAUGUCAUAUUCUAUGACAUGGGUUCAAGCAGUACCUAUGCCGCACUUGUGCAUUUCUCCGCGUACCCCAGUAAAGAAUAUGGAAAGACAGUAUCGGUUAAUCAGUUUCAGGUUAAGGAUGUCUAUUGGAAUCCAGAGCUAGGUGGUCAAGAUAUGGAAUUGCGAUUAGUGGAGCACUUUGCCAAUGAAUUCAACAAGCAAGUUGGUGAUGGAUUUGAUGUGAGAAAAUAUCCUAAAGCUAUGGCUAAAUUAAAGAAACAGGUUAAACGAACCAAAGAAAUUCUUAGUGCAAACACAGCUGCUCCAAUUUCAGUUGAGUCACUUCAUGCAGACACAGACUUCAGGAGUACUAUUACCCGUGAGAAGUUUGAAGAGCUCUGCGAGGAUAUCUGGGAAAAAUCUCUUUUGCCUGUGAAAGCAUUGCUUGACAAUUCAGGCUUGGCAGCUGACCAAAUAUAUGCAGUGGAGUUGCUAGGAGGUGCCACCAGAGUUCCCAAAUUACAGGCUAAGCUUCAAGAGUUCUUUGGGAGGAAAGAACUUGACAGACAUCUUGAUGCCGAUGAAGCUAUAGUUCUAGGCGCAUCACUGUACGCUGCAAAUUUAAGCGAUGGAAUUAAAUUGAAUCGGAAGCUUGGAAUGAUUGAUGGUUCAAUGUAUGGAUUUGUGGUUGAGUUGAAUGGCCCUGAUCUUUUGAAAGAUGAAAGUACCAGGCAGUUACUUGUACCACGACUGAAAAAAAUCCCAAGCAAGAUGUUCAGAUCAAUUAUCCAUAACAAAGAUUUUGAGGUUUCACUAGCUUAUGAGAGUGAAAAUCUUUUGCCACCUGGCAUUACCUCUCCUGAAGUUGCUCAAUAUCAAGUAUCUGGUUUGACAGCUGCAACGGAGAAGUAUUCAUCUCGGAAUUUGUCCUCUCCCAUAAAGGCAAACCUGCAUUUCUCUUUGAGUAGAAGUGGAAUCCUUUCUUUGGAUCGGGCAGAUGCUGUUAUCGAAAUAACAGAGUGGGUGGAAGUUCCUAGAAAGAAUCUGACCGUAGAGAAUUCUACUUCAGAUUCUUUGAACUUGACAUUGGAAACUGGUGGUAGGAAUAGUUCCGAGGAAAACAGUGGAAAGUUACAUACUGAUGGGGAGGUUAGCAAGACUUUGAAUACAAGUGCAGAGGAGCAACCUGCCACAGAUUCUGGUACAGAGAAAAAGCUGAAGAAGCGAACCUUUAGGGUCCCAUUGAAGAUUGAAUCAAAGCUAGUGGGACCUGGAAUGUCUCUGUCAAAAGAGUUUCUUGCUCAAGCUAAGGGCAAAUUAGAGGCACUGGACAAGAAAGAUGCAGAGAGAAGAAGAACAGCAGAACUGAAAAAUGACUUAGAAGGAUAUAUAUACGCAACUAAGGAAAAGAUUGAAACUUUGGAGGAUGUUGCAAAAGUUUCUACUGAUGAUGAACGCCAAUUGUUUGUUGAGAAGCUUGAUCAGGUGCAAGAUUGGUUGUAUACAGAUGGAGAAGAUGCCAAUGCUACAGAGUUUGAAGAGCGUUUAGAUAUGUUAAAAGCAGUAGGUGAUCCAAUUUUUUUCAGAUUGAAGGAGCUUACAUCUCGACCAGCAGCAGUUGAUCAUGCUCGAAAAUACCAUAACGAGCUGCAACAGAUUGUACAACAGUGGAAGACAAAUAAGUCUUGGCUUCCAAAGGAAGAAAUAGAUGAGGUUGUAAAAGAUGCUGAAAAGUUAAAGAAUUGGUUGGACGAGAAGGAAGCUGAGCAGGCUAAGACUUCUGCGUUUAGCAAGCCAGCAUUUACUUCCGAUGAAGUAUAUCUGAAGGUGUUUGAUCUGCAAAGCAAGGUUGCCAGGAUCAAUAGAAUCCCCAAACCCAAGCCUAAAAUCCAGAAGCCUACAAAGAAUGAAACAGAGAGCAAGAACAAAACUGACACUGCAAACUCCACCUCAACAGAUAGCUCUCCCCAAAGCGAUCAACCAGCAAACGAAAACUCAGAAGCUCAUGAUGCUCCCCAACGCGAUCAAUCAGGGGAGAAAACGGAAAGCUCAAGAAAAGAAGUGGUUGAUGAGCAACCUCAAGCUCAUGAUGAAUUAUAGAUUGAGCCUUUUUUUUUUUUUCCCCUCUCUCCAGGCAAUGCAUGUAGGCCUAGAUCUAAUCUUCUACCUACCAGAUUUGAAGUAUAGACUGGCAAUGGUAAAACAAGGGAAGAUGCAGCAAUAUCAGUCUUCGGUGCGUUUGAGAAUAGAGUUUCAACGAUAUCGCAUGCUGGAUGAUUGCUCGUCAUUUUUGGGGUUAGUUCUAGGAAUUGGUCCCUAUGGGGAUUUUUUACAACCAUUUGAAUGAGUUAUAUUUGGCGAACCACUUUAGGUUAUAUAGAGAAUACCAAUUAUCCUUUUGCAGACAUACAAUGGGAUAGAAAUUUUGCUAGGGCCAGUUCCCUUAAUAGCUUCAAAGAAAUUAUGUUCUAUUAUAUUUAAGUAUGAAUUUUUACUCCAUUGUACGUUAUAGGUUUCUAAUUUUACCACUUCGUGUGAUGUGGGCCAUGUUUAAACCUGAGAAGAUAAAUUAUGCCACCCUUCAAUC